AUGUCUGAAAAAUCUUACUACAGCGAGAGUUUUCUCUCCGAUGAUACAGUUGUUCCAAACUCAGCAUUAAUUGAACAACUGAGAUCUGAAAUGAAAGCUGAAUCAAAUAAGGUCAACGAGAAGGUACGACUGCUACAGCUAAAGCUUUCUGAUGCCGAUAUGGAGAAUACUGAUCAUAAAAAACGGAUCGCAGAGCUUGAAAAUACUGUCGAGAACCAAGGGCUAAAAAUAGACCAGUUAGAAAAAACUCUUGAAGAGAAAGUAUUAGAAAACGAGAUGCAAACGCUCAAUGUCAGCAGUGAAAUGAAAAUUUUCAAACCAGCUCAGAAGCCUGCUGCUUUUCAAGAAAAUUAUGGCUUGCAUGAAAAACAGCUUGAGAUUCUUCAAGAAUACGGUUGUCUUGGCCACUUUACCGAGAAUGAUGAGUUUGAGGAUUAUGGUGGAAACAAAUAUACUGAUCAAACGUCUUUUGCGCUCAUGAUGAAAGCUUACAAAAAUGGAUUGAAAGAAUUCACCCUGAAGGUCGGAGCUUUAGAUGAAGACUUUUCUGUUGGAAAGUCAAAAUUUAAUUACUCCGAUGAAGAAAUAAAACUACCGGACGGUGGUAUAAAAUUGUGUAAACAUCUUACUAUCACUCACGAAGGGCGAAAAAUUCGAUUCAAAGCGAGAGUUCAAGUCAUGGAUGUUGUUGCGGGUUUUAAAAAGAGAAUAUACGAUUGGAAAGAAACUGACUCUGAAGGUGUUCACGAGCAAAUUAUUCUUUCGACGGAUUGGCCUCACAGAGGAGAAGAAUGGUAUAGCAGAUAUCAUCUGACUUUUCUUGAAUAA